AUGAAUAGUGAACAAGAAAAUGAGGCAAAGAAAAUUCGCCAGCAACGAGAUCGGUAUCGAACCCUCCUCAGGAAAAUGAGGGCAUCACUCGGUGACGCCGAAUCACGGAUCGAGGACCUGGAAUCAGAGAAUCUUGACUUGGAAGUUCAGCUCUGCAAGCUGAAGAAAUCGUGUGAAACAUUAUCCGAGGACAAAGCAGCGCUGGAGCAACGAGCAGCCGUUGACAAACCCCCGGCGUGGGAUACUAGAAAGAGACGCAGCAGCCAUUCGUCUGCGAGUCAAAGUGCUGCCGACAUUAUCGAGUUGUCCAGCGACUCCAGUGACUCAGAAGAUGUCAAGACCGAGAAAGAGCCUCGUGGACAUUUUUUGCCAGGCUCACCCGUGAACUGCAUUUGCAAGGGCAAACGAAGAGCUUCUACCGAUUCAGUCAAAAAAGAAAAAUACGGCGCUCUGUCCGUCCAACGACCGAAGCGAACAAAGCGAUCCCAUCGUCGCGAGGCUGAGGCAGCUACGGCUUCUCGUAAGCCAGACACAUCACAAUCCCAGUUGAUGCCUCCGCGACCAGCAUAUACUACGGAUAUUAGUGAUGUCCAGUGUUACAAGUUCACGCGGCAUCUCUUUCGCCAAGCGUUCGGAGGGAGCUCCCAGGCCAUGACGAUCCGUCUUCAGGAUGGCCAGAGUGUCCUCCUUGUCAGGGCAGAUUUUAACCCGCUGGUGCCCGAUCGCCCCGGAGUCUCUGGGGAAGUGUGGAUGGAACGCCCUGAUAUUGCCAAGACAAAGACAUGGAAAGUGGUUGUGCGAUCAGAAAGAGUAACACCACAGACAUGGGAGUAUCGAGGUGACUAUCAGGUUUCAUGGAGUGGUGCAGUAUGCCCAGCAGAUUUUGCGAGGCAAUCACUGAGUGUAGGUGUGGUGCCAGAGAUCCGUAAACUCUGGGCGACGGACAUCGUGAAAUGGACAACGAUUGGGCACCCCUUGACUCUUAUGCGCGAACGAAUUGCUGCAAGAAAGAAACGGGACAAGUCGGGUACGGACGUCACCAUAAAUGAUGUGAUUAAGGCACUCAGCUCUGGAGAGGAGGUACUUGAUUGUAUCAAGAUGCAAUUUUUUGGAUAUGAUACGGCGUUUGUCGAGAGGAUCCGGACCACGGCAGGACUCAUUGACGCCACCCCAGAAAAUAUUUCCCCACAGACAGCGGCUCGGGAACGUCCAACCCAAGCAGGCGAAUCGGUCAGUGCAGAGACCACCUACCAGUUGCGCGCUCGCCGUAGUAUUCCAUUCCAGGCCCGCCACAAAGGCGAUUUGUGUGAUUCCGACAUUGCCCAGAGCAGUACUAGUAAUUUCAGUGAUGAAGAUGACCUUUAUGCCUGA